AUGAAUAAUCUGAAGAGAAAAGCACUCAAGCAAGAACAAGGACAAUCAAAAACUAUUUUACAGUUUUUUAAAAAAAAAAUUCCUGAAUCAUUAGAUUCCACACCAGUAUUAAUAGUAAAUAUGGAUGAAUAUAAAACAGCAAAGUCAACAAAUGAUAUUGGUUUAUUUGUUAAUUGUUCUGAAAGGAUUGAAUCUAUUAAACGAAUUGAAAUAUUGCAAUCAUUGUGGAUUCUUGAACAAAGUUAUAAAUAUCCAACAAACAAUAAAAGAAAUCUUAAAUUCCAACACCAUUGGCUUUACAAGUGGACUUGGAUUGCUUACUCAAAAAUGUUUGAUGGCGCAUUAUGUAAAUAUUGUGUAAUUUUUAAUGAACAUGAAGGUGGUUCGGGUAGUCAAAAAUUGGGUAAAUUUGUUUUAACACCGUUUUCAAAUUGGAAACACGCAAUAGAAGAAUUUAAUAAACACGAUAACAAUAAAUACCAUAAAAUGACAUUAUUAAAGUUUCAUUGUUUAAUGUCAGUGUCUAAUAAAACUACUGAUUCUAUUUUAAUACAACUGGAUAAAAAAUUGAAAUCUGAGAUAGAACAAAACCGCGCCAAAUUAAAACCAAUUAUUGAAACUGUCAUAUUUUGUGGCCGUCAAGGUCUACCUUUGCGUGGUCAUCGAGACUCAGGUCCAAUAAACUGUGACAAUCCUCCUGUUGAAAAUGAUGGUAAUUUUAGAUCACUCUUACGAUUUAAAGUUAUGUCUGGUGAUAUAAAUCUAGCUGAACAUUUAAAAACUGCUCAGGGAAAUGCAAGUUAUAUUAGUGCUGAUAUCCAAAACCAAAUAUUAACUUCUUGUUCAAAUUUAAUAUUAAAACAAAUUAUUUCAAAAGUUAAUGCUGCUAAAUGUUUCACUGUAUUAGCAGAUGAAACUGCCGAUAUAUCGGGAAUUGAGCAAUUUUCUCUUUCACGUUAUUUUGAAUUUUCUUCAAUGCAAAUGAGAGAAGAUUUCUUAACGUUUGUUCCUGUUACUGAUGUUACAGGUAUGGGUUUAGCAAACACACUUUUAAAUACCCUGGAUAAACUUGGUAUUGAUUUGAAAUAUUUAAGAGGCCAAGGUUUUGAUGGUGUAGCUACCAUGAGUGGAUGCUUUAAUGGUGUACAAUCCCACGUUACCAAAAAAUAUCCACUUGCUCACUACAUUCAUUGCACCUCACAUUGUUUAAAUCUAGCAAUAUCCGACACAUGUAACAUUCAAUCUAUACGAAACUGUACUGGUACCAUACAAAAAAUUACUAAACUAAAAUUACUUUGUCCAACAAGAUGGGUCGAUCGGCAUGACUCCAUAAUUACUUUUAUGGAAUUAUUUGAUGCAGUUAUUGAUGGAUUAUCGAUUAUUUCUACAUGGCCAGACAGAGAAUCGUCAUCAGGAGCUUAUCAACUUUUGUGUGCUAUUAAGCAACCUGAAUUUAUUUUGGCAACACAUCUGUUAGCAAAAGUAUUUAGCAUAAGUUUACCUCUUACUAAACUUCUUCAAAUGAAAAAUAUAGAUUUAAUUGAAGCCAUGUCUCUGGCAGAUAAUGUAUCUGAUGUGUUAAAAAAUAUCAGAAAUAAUGCAGAUGAGGAUUUUAAGAAACUAUUUUUGAAAGUGAAAGAAAAAUAUAAUUUUAUUAGUCAACUUCAUGAUAGGUUCAUUGCACAUAAAUCUCUAAUUACCAAUUUUUGCUGUCUCUUACCAAACAAUAAUUUGCCAAAUAGAGAAGAAAACAUAAAAAGUUUGGCAGAAAAGUAUAAUGAAGAUCUUUAA